AUGUCAAAUAUAGACACCUUAUUGAAAGAUAUAAUAACAUCAACUAAGUCAACUAAAUCAUCUGUUGAUGAAUUAGUUUCAUAUAUUCAAGAAUCUGCAUCUAGUCAUCCUGAAUUAGUUGAAAAUUUAAUUAAAAAAUCAUCACAUACAUCUAAAUUAGAAGGUGUUUCAUUAUUGUCAUUAAAAAAUGAAAGUUUAGUUUCAUAUAUUAAUAAUUUAAUCUUGAUUGUAUUAUCUCAACUUGAAAGAUUGGAAUCAAAUAAUGAUGUUGAUGUUGAAGAAAAGAAAUUAGAAGUUGUUAAAAGAUCUAUUGUACAAAGAGUUACUUUAGAAAAAGGAGUUAAACCAUUAGAAAAGAAGAUUAAUUAUCAAUUAGAUAAAAUGGUAAGAGCAUAUGGUAGAAUGGAACAAGAUGAAUUAAAAGCCGAACAAAAACUAAAUGAAGAUAAAGAAAGUGAAGGUGAAGGUGAAGAUGAUGAUGAAGAUGAAGAAGAAUCCGAAGAUGAUGAUGAAGAUGAUAAUUUACAAUAUAGACCAGAUGCAUCAGCAUUAGCUAAAUUAGCACCAACUUCAACUAAAUCUAAGAAAUCAUCAUCAUCAUCAACAACAACUGAAGAAUCUAAUGAGAAAUAUAAACCACCAAAGAUUUCUGCUAUGGCUCCACCAACAGCAAUUUCACAAAAAGAUAUUGAUGCUAAAUCUAAUAAUGGUAAGAAUCGUAAAGUACAAAGUAUGGAAGAAUAUUUACAAGAACAAAGUGAUAUGCCAAGUGUUGAUGCUUCAAUUGGUUCAACUAUUAUUGAUCAUGGUAGAGGAGGUGUUAAAACAGCUCAUGAUCGUAGAAAAGAAAAGGAAAUUCAAGAUUAUGAAGAAAAUAAUUUUGUUAGAUUACCAACUAAUCAAACUAAAAAGAGUUUUAAAGAGAAACAAAGAGAUUUACGUAAUCAAUUUGCUGGUGAAGAUUGGUCAAUGUUUAAUAAUAAAGAUGUGACUAAAGAAGGAACAAGUAGAAAGAGAAAAGCAGGUACUGUUUGGGAUAGAGUUAAAAAGAAGAAGAGUUAUUAA